AAUGGUUGUAAAAAUCAAUACUGACCAUUCAAUUGCAUUCGAACAUGGAUAGGCAAAUGAAGCCACAAAUUAAACCUCUCCCAGAGGAAUUACAAAAGGCUGCUAUCGAGGAAUUGGGAGAAGUUCCCGAAAGGAUGGCCGAAGACUUACAGAUCUUUAAACAAUGGAUUGAACAGCAACCUCACUUGCGAGCUCGUAUGGACGAUCAAUUCUUGAUACAAUUUCUUCGUGGCUGCAAAUACAGUUUGGAAAAGGCCAAAAAGAAAAUCGACAUUUUCUAUGCCAUGAAAACAAAAUAUCCGGAAUAUUUCAAUUUGACGAAUGUUGAUGAUCUGUUAUUUCGACAGCUUCACAGUACAGAAUUUUUUGUUCCACUCCCCACCCCGUUAAAUGGCCAAGGUCCCCGAAUCAUAGUUUGCCGUAUCCUAGGCGGACCUGACGACUAUCCACCGAAUUAUUUCUUCCAAUAUUCUAUUAGCAUUAUAGAAAUGAUGCUAAUGCAUGAUCCCUAUGCCUGCAUAUAUGGCAUAAUGCUCGUUUAUGAUUUCGCCAAAGCCACUCCCAGUCAUUUGUUGCCGUUUACCAUAAAUAUGUUCAAACAGAAUGCGACAUUCUGUGAAAAAGCAUUUCCCAUACGAUUCAAGACGUUUUGUAUGAUAAAUAUGGCCAGCUAUGCGCAAAAAUUUUUCAAUCUCAUCCUGCCGCAUAUGUCAGAGACACUUCGUAAGAAGAUUAUUUUGUGCGGAACAAAUUCCACGGAAUGGUCGAAAUACCUACCCAUGGAAUAUAUGCCAAUAGAUUAUGGCGGCAAGAAUGGUCUGCUCAGUGAAUUGUGUCUAGAAUAUGGCAAGUUUUGGGAUGAGUAUAGAGAGUAUUUCAAGGACAAUGCCAAAUAUGGAACCGAUGAACAUUUACGUUUGGGAGAAGCCCUCAAAUUUGAUGCCGACUUUGGCGCUGGUGGCACGUUUCGAAAACUCAAUGUGGAUUAGGGUGAUUACAAAACUUUUAUUUUUCCUCUUCGAAAAUAACUGCUAACAACUCGAUUACAAAAAUAUGUGUACUUUACAAACGUUAUAAUAUUUUGUUAAAUAAUAAAUUUCUUAUGAAUUCUUUUGGGCCAACUUAACAAUAACACUCUUAACUUCAGUAUAGUUCUGCAGGGCAUAUUCACCAUUCUCACGACCAUGGCCAGACAUUUUAUAG